AUGGCGCAGUCUGACUGUGGGGAAUGUUCCUCCAUAAAGCGCAGGACUGGCUGCAGCAACAGCAACAGCAGCAGCAGGAACAGCAGCAGGAACAGCAGCAGCAGCAAACCCAACAUCAAUCCUCGUGGGCCUUCUUGCUGCGCCUCCCCGUUGCGUUCAGAUGCGCAGCCGUCCAUCAGUCACCGCAGUAGCAACUGCAGCAACAGCAGCAGCAACAGCAGCAGCAGCAGCAGCAGCAGCAGCAGCGCAGCAACAGCAGCAGAUGGGCAGCUGCCCAACUUGUUAUCCUCCAUAGCAGGCCUUUCAAUAAGAAAACUGUCGCAGCAGCCAGGGUCUCUCCAUCGGUCUGCUGCUGCUGCUGCUGCUGCAGGGCGCAGCUUCCUGCAAAAGCUCCCUGCAGCAGCAGCAGGUACAGCAACACCUGCUGAAGCAACGAAGGAUACAGCAGCAGAAGCAGGUGCAGCAGCAGCAGCAGCAGCAGUAGCAGCAGUAGCAGCAGCAGAUGCUGCUGCUGCCUGUCCUGAUUCCUCGCGUAGGCCUCCUACAGUUGUUUUGUCACACAGGGCAGCCUGCUUGAAGCAGGAGCAGCAGCAGCAGCAGGAGCAGCAGCAGCAGCAGCAGCAACAGCAACAGCAGCAGGAGGAUCAUUACGAUGAGAAGAAGCAUCAUUAUAAUAAGCAUCAUCAUCAUGCUCAUCAUCAGCAGAAGAAGGAGCAACAGCAACAGCAACAGCAGCAGCAGCAGCAGCAGCGUCUACAGAAACUGCAGCAGCAGCUACGUUCUCUUGGAUACCCUGAGGAAUUAGCAGCAGCAAACUCCCAACUUGUUGCUCAUUUAUUGUCUGAUUUAAUUAAAUCUGUUGGCAACUUUAGAGCUCUUAUACUCAGGUAUAGGGAGCUGCAGCAGCGCCUGCAUGAAGCGAAUGCUGCUGCUGCUGCUGCACAGCAGCAGCAGCAGCAGAACGAGGAACACAAGGCUUAUGGAGCCUGUCUACAGCAGAGGGACGCAGCAACUGCUGCUGAGCUGCUGCGGCAGGCCAGGCGUGAAUGUGAGCUGCUGCAGCAGCAGCUGCAGCGCCAGCAGCAAAACUACGAGCGGGAGCUUGCCGAACUCUAUGAGCAGCAGCAACAGCAGCAGCAGAAGGAGAAGCAAGACGGAGGAGCAGCAGCAGCAGCAGAGCUGCGCGAUUUGUUGGACGCGAAGGAAAAGGAGUUGCUGCGCCUAAAGAAGGACUUCAAUGCGCUGAAGCAGCAGCAGCAGCAGCAGCAGGAGCAGCAGCAAGAGUUGCGUUCUGCUGGCGCACCGAGCAGCGCUGACAGCAGCAAGAAGCCACAAGGCCGCAGCAGCUCCUCCCGCUGCAGCAGCAACAGCAGCAGCCGCAGCAGCAGCAGCAAGAGUUCCAUCGUGCUGCGAGGCCUCCCUUGUCCUGCUGCAGCAGAACGCCGCACGCUGCUGCAGCGCUGCUGCUCACUCCAGAGACAGCUAAAGGAUGCGCAGGCAGAAAAGGAAGAAGUUGCUGCUGAGCUGCAGCAAUGGAUAGAAAGGACAUCAAGGGCAGAGGCUGCGCUGCAGCAAAAAGAAGAGAGGACAUCUGAAUCUAAAAAGGAAGAAGAGGGGCAGCGGCAGAAGAGUUCUGCUGAGAAGCUGCAGGCUGAGGAGCAGGAGCAAAGGCUCUUGCUGCAGCAGAAGCAGCAGCAGCAGCAGCAGCAAAUUGAGCAGCUGCAGCAGCAGCUAAAGACUGAACGCCUACGCAGCGAAGAGAUGAGGAAAACAUUCUUAGAGCUGCAGGCAGCAAGCGAGGCUGCGCAGCAGCACGCUGCCUUGCUUCUGGAGCAGCAGCAGCAGCGCGAGCAGCAGCAACAACAGCAGAUGCAACAACAGCAGCAACGCAACUGCCCCACUUGUGCUGCUGCUGCUGCUGGGCAAGGCGGAGCUGCUGCUGCUGCUACAGCAGAGCAACAGAAAACUUCCAGUGAAGAUGCUGAUACACUGGAUAAGGUUGAGGCGCUGCAGGCAGAACUAGCAGCAACACGGCGGGAGUUGCAUCUUUCAGAGGUGGCCUUACGCCUGGAGCAAGAGAAGCAGCGCAGCAGCAACGCAAGUCCCAAGUCUCCCAUGGUGCAGCAGCAGCAGCAAUUGCAGCAGCAAUUGCAGCAGCUAAAGCUGCAGCACCAGCAGCAGCUGCAAGUAGAGCAGCACCUCCGCUCUCAGGUCGAGAUGCAGGCGAUGUCUAUUGCAGAGCACCGCCAGACUGUAGCUGAGUUGCAGCAGCAACUGAUUGAAGCGGAAUCUGCGCGGGCAAGGAAUGCCGAGGCAGUGUCCAUUUUAGAAGUGGAGAAGCGAAAGGCUGAAGAAUCUAUCGAGCUGCUGCAACAGCAACUGCAGCAGAGCCAGCAGCAGCAGCUGCAGCUGCAGCAACUGUUGGAGCAAGCUAACGCAGGAGUAACUGAACUUCGCAUGCAGCAGCAGCAACAACAACAAAAGCAACAACAGCAGCAGCAGCGCCAGCAGCAAACGGAGGAGCUCGUAGCUCACCUGACACUCGUGCAUGCCGAGGCGCUGCAGCGAGAGGAAGCACUCAAGGUAGAAAAUGCAGAACUGCAGGUUAGUCGGAAGCAGCAGCAGCAACUGCAACAGCAACAACAGAAGCAGCAUCACCAGCAGGAACAGCAACAGCAGCAGCAACGCCAGCAGGAACAGCAACAGCAGCAGGAACAGCAACCCAAGCAGCAACACCAGAGGGAGAAGCAGCAUCAGGAACACAAACGGCAUUACACGGCUCAGAAUGAGCUUUAUGCUUAUUUGCGGUCCAUUCUGCUGCUGUGUACGCUGCUGUUGAUGCUGCUGCUGCUGCUGCAGGCUGAGCUGCAGCAGCACGAGAGGCAGCUGCACGCUGCUGCAACAGAGCUCGAAGCAAGAACACGGCGUUGUCUACAAGCUGAGAAAGACAACGAGGGUUUAAUAGACAAGCUGGAUACCCUUGCUGCUGCUCUUGCUGCCCGUGCUGCAGCAGAAGACGCAGGCGCAGCGCCUGCAGCAUCAACUGCAGCAGCCGCUGCCGUCCCUCAGUCCCCAUUCUCUCGCCUGCAGCAGCAGCAGCAGCAAGCUGCUCGUAGCACCUCCACGUAUUUCGGUCGCGCACUUCACUUAUAA